AUGACCCAACACAUAAUCCUGCAAGUGAGCUGCAUCUGCAUAGAGAAGGAGAGACAAGCCCUUUUGAGCUUCAAACACAACAUUUCUGACCCAUAUAACUUUUUUUCCUCAUGGACUACCGGUGCAGAUGAUUGCUGCAAAUGGAAAGGAAUUCGCUGCGACAAUAGAACCGGCCACAUCAUUGGUCUUGAUUUCGGACCUAAAGCCUGGGGCACCGAUGGAAAAGUAUACUACUGCAUAGAGUUACAAGGUGAAAUCAACCCUUCCUUGCUUGACUUACCAUUUCUCCGUUAUUUGGAUCUUAGUUGCAAUCAAUUCGUACGAAUUCCAAGGUUCAUUGGAUCUCUAGGAAAGUUAGUUCAUCUUGAUCUUUCUCAUAAUUUUUUUGUUGGAAAUGUUCCUCCUCAAUUGGGAAAUAUUUCCACUUUAAAACACCUGGACAUUGACAAUGACAAUGAACAAUUAAAAGUAGUUGGCACUUUGGAGUGGAUUUCUCAUCUUUCUUCUUUGGAGUACCUUGUUUUGCAUUCCGUAGACCUUCAUUCAGCUUCAGAUUGGCUUGUGUCAAUUACAAAACUUCCUUUGCUGAGAACACUACGUCUUUCUUACACCUACUCUCCCCAUCCUACAUCACUUUUGCACCUCAACUCUUCUAGGUUUCUUGAAGACCUCUCUCUGUCCCAAGGAAACCUAACUUGGCCGCUAAUAAAUCAGUGGUUGAAUCAAAGUUACAACAUGGUUCAACUACGCCUUAGUAACAUUGAGUUACAUGGUAAGGUUCCAGAUUUUCUUAACAGAAUGUACUCCCUAGAAUAUCUUGGUCUCUCCGGUAAUUUUUAUCUAGAAGGUGAAAAGACUGAAGACCUUAAAUUCUUUAGCAAUCUUAGCAACUUGAAAGCACUAGAUUUGUCAUUCAACUCAUUUUCUUUCAACUUUUCAGAACUCAGUUUGGGUUCUGAGAAAGUGAUAGAGAAUUUGAGGUUUGGUGAAAAUGAAAUUGUAGGAUCAUUGGAUGAUAUCAAAAGGUUAUCUUCCCUACGAAUAUUAGAUCUGUCCAACAAUAAACUUUCCGGUUCACUGCCCGACAUGUCAACAAUGUUGUCUUUGGAAGCCUUAGUCAUUAGAAACAAUCAGUUGGUUGGAAAUUUAAUGGGGAGUAACAUCGGCCACCUCCCCAAUCUCUGGGCACUAGAUAUUUCUUCAAAUUUGCUAGAAGAAACCAUGUAUGAAGCUCAUUUUUCUAAUUUUAGCAAAUUGGAGUAUCUUUACUUAUCUGGUAACAAAUUCAAAUUGAAUUUGAGUACCCAGUGGAUUCCCCCAUUUCAACUCUCAGUUCUUGGCCUAGGAUCUUUCCAGUUGGGUCCGAAAUUUCCUACUUGGCUUCAAACACAAGCAAACCUUGUAUACCUUGAUAUCUCAAGUAAUGGAAUUUCAUAUUUCAUUCCUCAAUGGCUUCCCAACCUUACGGACUUAUGGAGUUUGAAUAUGUCUCACAACAUGCUUCGGGGUAUUCUACCUGACUUGGCCUCAACACUUUUUGUUGUAGACUUAAGUAGCAACUGGCUUGAGGGUCCUGUACCAAGGAAUUAUUCCGGAACAAAAUUUCUAAGUCUCUCCAGAAAUAAGUUCUCUGGAACCAUUUCCUUUCUAUGUACAGAUGAAUUCAACAGAUGUAUGCAUCUUGACCUUUCAAGUAACCACUUUUCAGGAAAGAUUUCUAAAUGUUUGGGGAAAUAUGCUAGGGAUUCCCUAAGGUUUGUGAACCUAGCAAAUAAUAAAUUCUCUGGAGAAAUCCCGUCAUCGAUAGGCUAUUUGAAUAUGAUUGCCUCGCUACAUUUAAGAAACAACACUUUAAUUGGAGAGUUGCCCUUGUCUUUGAAAAAUUGCAGUGAUUUGAAAGUUUUGGAUAUUGGAGAGAAUCAAUUAAGUGGGGGUAUUCCUGAAUGGAUUGGGGAAAGUUUAACAAAGUUGAAGGUUUUUUAUUUGCACUCAAAUGAGCUAAAAGGAUCCAUCCCAAAGAGUAUUUUCUUACUGCAAUCCAUUCGAAUCUUAGAUCUAUCUUUGAACAACUUAUCUGGAUCCAUCCCAACUUGCUUCAGUACUUACAGUACUGCAAUGUCUAAAUCAUAUGAUGAAUGGUUUCAACACCAAUCACGAUAUGGAUUUAGUAUCCUUAAAAAUGGGCUACUUUCUUUCCCCCAUACUUUCUAUGAUUACGAAUUGGUAAUGUGUGUUGGCUAA